AUGAUUAUUCCUGUCCGUUGUUUUACUUGUGGCAAGGUAAUUGGUCACCUGUGGGAGAAGUGGCUCGAAAUGCUUAAAAAGAACACGCCAGAGGGUAAAGCUCUAGAUGAACUUGGACUCACUCGAUACUGUUGUCGGAGGAUGAUUCUGACCCAUGUGGAUUUAAUAGAGAAGCUUCUUGUAUACAAUACGAAGUCCCGAAAUGUUAUGAGUUUAAGUUGUUGCCACCCUCAGUUUUAA